AUGCACAGCAUGCUACACUUCUUCCUCUUUCUUCUGCUGGUCGGACAAUCGCUGGCGAUGCCCACCCAUGUCAACAUGCUUCACAAGAGAUUUGAUAGAUUCUGCGGCGACAAGGAUGCUCGUCAGGGCAACGAUUGCCCAAACGGUCACAAUUACGAAUUCGUUCCCAAACUCUCGGGGUCCAAGGUCAAGAUGCACGUUACGAAAGGGCCCAAGCCCACAGGCUUCAACUGCGACCACACUAUCGAGCUUCAGUGGCUCGUCCAGAUGACAAAUAAAGCCUUGGAAGAAGAAACGUCGCCCCUUUGCGAGGGCUUGUUGGCAAAUGACCAAAAGCUCUACAAACAGCUCGCUGCCAUUAUCAACGACAAGUCAAAUCUCUGGAACAUUCCCAAAAAUAUGAACCAAGUGAAGAAGUGGUACUGGACAAACCCUGAAAUCACUUCGACGACGUGGCCCAGAUUGGGGGGUGUACAGCCAAAAACGAAAGCUCGAACGCUCAGGGGUCUCUUGAGUUAUCAAACUCAGGUCAGACCAAAGAUGCAGAGAAACGUACCAAACUCGGGAAUCGACAGCUCGACCUGGCCGCAAGAAUUCGAUGCGUAUAUCUCAAGAAUGACUAAGCAAGUUAGAAAGGAUAUCGACCAUCUCGAUCCUUGCGACGACAACGUCCAAGGGUCGUCUUCCACGCGUACGGUUCGACGGUGGAUUGGGUCCAUUCUCGGGGCGAGAGAAGCAGAUGGUGCCAGUCAAGCCGGAGAACGCCAGUCCCAGGCCUACUACCUCGUCUCCGCAACAUUCAUCUCGAUCUUCUGCCUCUUCGUCGUCGACCUUGUCAUCCGGCUCUUCGUCUCGUUCUUCAUUGUCGUCCUCUGCUCUCCCCUCUUCGUCGGGGACGAAAUUGUCUUCUUCCCGUUACGCGUCGACCGCUCACGCGUCGAGGUCCUCUCCUUCCUCACGCUUCAUUACAUCCUCUCCAUCCUCGCAUCUGUCUUCGCCGACCUCGUCGACGCCAUCACCUUCAAGCUCCUCACCUUCGUCGUCGACCGCCUCUCGUUCCCCGUCCUUGCAUUAUUCUUCAACACCUUCUCACGUUUCAUCAAAAGGCCACUUUUUCUCAUUACAGACACCUACGAAAGCGACGUCAAGGAAAACGAAACCCGCUCAAGAUUCUAA